AUAAAACCCGCAAAUACUUUGCUGCUAUUGAUUUCUUUCUUUUUAAUGUUUAAAGGGGCCGUUCCAUUAUUUCAAGAGAUAUAUAUAGCAUGAUAAUAACAACAAAAGCAACAACAAGCACAACGGCAGCAACAACAACAACAAUAAUAAUGAUAAUGAUGAUGAUGAUGAUGAUGAUGAUGAUGAUAAAAAUCUGUAUUUCUCAAACCAGAAAAAUAUAAAGAUAAUAAAAAAUAAUCUGACCUUAAUGCCGAGAGUUUAGUUAUUAGAAUACCGAAAUACUAUUGGUAUCAUGUGAAGUUCUUUGACCAAAUCAUCCAGUAACGUAUUUUUCCCUUUUUUUUUAUUUGUUUUUUUCGUCAUGCCGUUAAAGCAUCGGAUGGAAUCCUUACCUAACUUUCACAGAAAUUAAUGAGCAGUUUUUAAAAUGUUAGUCUUCCAUUAGGCUACAUCAACCAUUUCAGUGAUCUUUAAUAUAUAUUUUUGUUAUUAUUUUUUUUCAUUUUCUUCUUCAAGAUUCACUUUAUAUAUUUCUUUUUUCACACACACACACACACGAAAAUAUAUGCGCGCGCACGCACUCAUACACGCCCACAUCUACCCUCUUUGCCACGCUUUCACAAAUACUUAUUUACUCCUUUUAUAUCGUUACAAUGAUUACGUCAACGAGAAAACUAUACCAUGGGAUUCUAUUUCUCAUUUGAAAAAAAAAAUCUCCACAGCAAUAUGAAAACGAAUAAAAGACGGGAAGAAAAUAAUGCAAACCGAAGGUACCAAAGAAUAAUUUUAAGAAUUCAGAAGAACAAACAAUGAAAAAUAAAUUCAAAAGAAAAAUUGUAUCAAUGCCGUAGACAAUGAACAAUCGUAAAUGGAAUUUCAUCAUCAUGAUUAUAAACGUAAGUUAAAUUUCACUUAAAGAUCAAAACCUGGGUUACAAAAAAGAAAACCAGAAUCUCCUUGCCAUCUGAGAAAAAUACGUAAAAAAUCAUAAUCCAUCUACGUUAAGUAUAACUUCCAGAUAUCUCUCUUUCUACAUGUACAUUCAAAUUAUAUAAAAGUUCUCCAAUAUCUACAUUUAUACAAUCUAGUGGAGAUAUACUAUGUCUGGGAAGAGAAAAGAUGGAAUGAUCACGCCUAAAACGCCUUUCAUCAUAGGCUAGCGCCAACAGAGCUGAACUGGAGUUAAAUAACAACAUAAUUUAUAUCCCUAGCCAAGUAAAUGCAAACUUACUCUGAAGUGCCUUUAAUACUAAUAGUAAGUUUAUGCGUAUAUGUAUAACAUUUCAUAGUAUUUUCAAUCCCGAGUUUACACCCACAACAUAACACACACACGUGCGCACACACACAAACACACACACACACACACACACACACACACACACACACCACACACACACACAACACACACACACACAUUCACUCACACACACACACACACACACAUACAUACAUGCAUAAUUGCAGAAAUGUGAAACAAUUACAAAAAAUCCUGUUGACCAUUCGUAUAACUUAAAAGAUACAUACAUAACUAGAUACAUACAUACAUACAUACAUACAGACAUUUAUACAUACAUUCAUAUAUACACACAUACGUACACACAUACAUACAUACGUACAUACGUACGUUCAUACAUACAUACAUACAUACAUACAUACAUACAUAACUUUCUACAACAACAUCGAAAUGAUGGAUUUUGAAACAGCUUACCCUAUUGGUUUAUACCAAGAAGAUAGGGAUCCGUACCAAACAAUGCAUUCUCAAUCUAUAGAUGCAAAUCCAGUUUAUCACCUACGAGAUACAUCAAUUGAUUCUACCCCGUCUGGGUCAUACAAUUCGCUGAAUGAAGGACCAAAUGCCCAAACUAACAGAAAUUUACCCUGGAGUAUAUUUGACAAUGCAGUGUCUUCGCAAUACGCUACAACUGGAUAUUAUACGACACUCGCUGAACCUAAUGAUUUGCAAAUACAACAGCAGCAACAAACAUCAUUGCAACAAAAUACUCAUCAACAUCAUAGUCACCACCAACGUGACCAUCAUCAUCAUCAUCAUCAACCACAGCAGCAGCAACAACAACAACAAUCUCACGUAACGCCAUUGACCGAACUACAUCACCAAGGCCAAUACACAUAUAAUUUGCAACAUCACACAUCUCUUCAAAAUGCUGAGAUUGAUUUAUCAGCAACAUCGUUUCCAGUAGAAGUUUGCCACAGUCCUUCUAAAUACAACAGUUUAUCGAUUUUCCAUCGACCAGGAAGAACGCGUAUUAGACAAAUGUCCAAGUCUACUGACAGCAGUCGUGAGGGAGCCACGGAGCGGGAACGAACCCGAAUGCAUAUGCUUAACGACGCCUUCGAUGAUCUUCGACGUGUUGUUCCUAAGUCGAAUCUAAGUGAACACCAAAAGCUAUCAAAGAUAGCUACUCUCCGAUUAGCAAUUCAUUAUAUAUCAGCAUUGGCUAGUAUAUUAAAGAGUACUGGCGCUGACAUCAAGUUGAUAAAAGACACUACGUCAAUCGAUGGUCGAGGACGUCGCCGAACUGGAAGAAAGAGAAAACUUUCAUAUAAUGUCGAUACAAAAACUUAAUUGAACAUAUAGCCAAGAAGUGUGAGUGGACUGUUAGUAAUAAAUGCAGGUAUCUAAAACUGUCUUAUAAUACCUAAAAUGUAAUUAUCAUGUAGACAUUAUGCUAGGUUAUAACACUGUGUAUGCAGAUGUGUGUGUGUGUGUUUGCGUGUGUGAGAGUGUGUGUGUGUGUAUUAGUGUGUUUAUAUGUGUAUGAAUAUAUAUAUAUACCUGUUAUUUGUGUGUUUGUAUAUAUGGAUAUAUAUAUAUAUAAUAUGUGUUUAUAAAUAUGAUUGUGCAAUUUUGAGUUGAUUGACUAUUAAAUAUAGGUGUGGAUGUAUGCGCGUAUGAGUGAAUGCGUUUGUAUAAAAAUACGUGUAUUAUUGUGUUUUACAUGCAAUGCACUGGGUAUAUAUCGAAAGUAGAUUUAAAUAUACAUAUUUAUUUAACGGAUUACUUGUCCACAAAUGCACAAACGUGUUUGUAUGUACAUCCUUGUACAUAUAUGUGUGUGCAUACUUAUGUGCGCCUGUAAAAAUCGUUCGACAGAUUCAUGAUAGAAUCUUUUAUUGUUGCUCUUCUUCUUCUUUUGAUUAUAAUUAUUGUUAUUAUUAUUAUUAUUAUUAUUAUUAUUAUUAUUAUUAUUAUUA